GUGGGAGGACGUAAAUGUGGGCCAGACAGUAAAUGCAGCUCUCAUGUUGUCUGAAGGCAGGAUGUGCAUCUAGCACAAGGAACACUUGUGGAACGACAUCUUUAAAAAGACACGAACACGAUACACAACACCUGCUGAAGCGCUGUGGGGAAUCAGGAUGCUGAGGCCAGUUCAUCAGCGAAGCCUCAAGCGGCGAGGCGGAAUGAUGUUCGCCGGAGCACUGCAGGGAAGCGGAGAGUCUUCUCGUAGCAAUGAAGAUUCCACCCGCUGACUCGAGUAUAUCGACAGCGAAGGAGCACGGAGGGGUUUAAUUUGAGGGGUGAUGAUCUUCUGAGUUUGUAUGCUGUGGAGCACUGAGCCAGAUGACUUCUGAAUGUACGUGGUCGGUCCUUGUCACAUUCCACUUUAUACUGGCCGCAGGUGCACGCGGAGAAGCGGUGUGUACUGUAAAGUCAAGCGGAGGCAAAGAAGUCCUCAUAGGUUCCAGUUUCACCGUCUUCUGUGUCUUCAACAAGCAAUGCACCAAAAUGAUUUUUCGGGAUAAGAAACAAAUUGAGCAUGCACAGUUGAAUUCAAGUGUGGUGUCGGUGGAUGUUAAGAAUUUAACAAAGUUCAAUACCUUCACCUGCAAAUGCAAAGAGGACCCAGAGCCAUGUGGAAUUGACAUCACUCCAGGAUACCCACCAAGCAUUCCAGAAAACCUGAUUUGCAUUCGAAAAACAGAAUUUGGCAAUGUCAGCUGCACUUGGAGAACAGGAAGGGAUACCAAAAUCAUGACCACAUGUCAGUUACGGGUAAAAGGUGAACCUCACGAUGGCUAUAAGAGUGUUAUGAACUCUGCAGGGUUUUGUUCAGCCACAUUCCCGAUCACAGGCUCAAUGUCUCAGCUCAUUGUGAGGCUAAAUGUCUCUAAUAGCCUGGGCUCAGCAACCACCGGUCCUCACAGCUUCACGCUCAGCAACAUAGUAAAACCCUCAAGGCCUAAUAUCAGUCAUGUGGAGUGCUCCACCCGAUACUGCAGCCUACACACCAACACUCAUAGCACGCACUUGCUUGAGGUCCAAUACAGAGCAGAAAGCGAGACCUGGAAGAGCCUCCAGACUAAGACUGAGAGCAAUUUGAAAAUAUCCUCACUGCAGCCAUAUACCAAUUAUGAGUUCCAGAUCAGAAGGAAAAUAAACCAUACAGUAGGUCUGUGGAGUGACUGGAGUCUGACAAAAACAGCAAAUACAAAAGAAGAAGCUCCUGACAAGGUGCUUGAUGUCUGGUACCUCCAAGAGCACUCGCAAUCUCAAAACAAGUGUUUCAGAAUAUUUUGGAAGGCACUGAACAAAUCAGAUGCCAAGGGGGAGAUCAAAAGCUAUAAUAUAAGUGAGAAGAGGAUAAAGGUGAAGUCAGUCAUUGUAGGACCUACCAGAAGACAUUAUACCAUCUGCUGCUCUCACUGCUCUGUGUCGGUGUCUGCUAAUAACUCAGAAGGUCAAUCUCCUGACAAAUUUAUUGAGCUGCGCUCUCUAGGUCUGGCUUCAGGUAUUGUGUCCCACAAUUCCACUAAUAACCAUAGUAUUGCCCUCUUCUGGUCAACCUCCACCAUUGCAGGCCAUGGGACUGAGUAUGUGGUGCACUGGUAUCCAUUUGGAGGUACGGAGCAGCUUCAGUGGAUUAGAGUGGUGGACACCAAAGCUGUCAUUAGAGGUCUCCAUCCUAAAGAAUGCUAUCAGGGGGCAGUCACCGCUUUAAACUCAUCUGGUUCUCUAAUCUGGUUCUUAUCCAUUGAAGGCAUCUCCACAUGGACAUCAGUUCCAGAACAGAGUCCAGUUCCCCAACAAGACUGGAAGAAGAGCGACAGCUUGCAGGUGAAAUGGUCUGAAAUCCCACAGGAGAAGAGAAGAGGCUGUUUGAUAAAGUAUACAGUCUACUUGGAGGACAAUAAGAAACGAGACAUUCAGAAUUACAAUGUGAAAUAUCCAAGGACACAGUAUACCAUCAGUGGUCUGUCACCAGGACAUUGCUACAAACUGUGGGUCACUGCCUGGACAGAUGCUGGGGAGGGACCCAGAGGAACUGAACUCCCAUUCUGCACACCAUCAGACACUGAGAAACUACUGUCUCUGGUGAUCAUGGCUGGAGGAGCUGUUCUUCUGACCUGUCUCAUCCUCCUGUGCAUCUGCCAGUUCUCCUCUGUCCAGAGCAGAUUCUUAAGCUAUUGUAAGUGCCUGCUUCCUAGAGUUAUUCCAGAUCCAGCAAACAGCAAAUGGGCAAAGGAUUGUGCUAUUUACCAGGGUGAAAUUAAAUUCCCCCUUCACCAAUGUGACUCCAGCAUGAGUGAAGAGCCAGAUACUGUGGAGGUUGAGGAAGUUCCCAAUCCCUCCAGCUCCACCUGCACCUACAUCAAAAGCUUCUCUCAAGAGUCCGGCUCCUCUGACACCACCCAGAUCACCAGGAGCUCCGAUAUCAUGGAUGAGUACAUCUGCACUCAUGGAGCAAUAAGUGGAGGAGAAGAGGAGGACGAGGACGAGGAAGGGAUGUUGGAUGAAUUCGGAUUCUUACCAUGCACACCCAGCCCUUUCCUGGAGCCACUGUUUCCAUGUGGAGGAAAGCUGACACUGGAUGUAGUGAAAAUAGACUGCAGUGAAUUUCUGGACUGCACGUGACCCUCCAUUUGCAUUACAAUUUUGAUCUGUGAUUGUAAUGUAACUUCAUGCAUGGGUGAUGAAUCAGCACAAUCCCGGAGAUGAUUUGUCUGACAAAGGAAAUAUUUUGUGGGUUUUGGUUGGUUUCGAAUACAGUGUACCAAAGGAUGCCUCCAAUUCUGAAUCGUAGCCCAUUCUCAGGUUGGCCAUUUCGUAGUCUUGCAUACCCAGACCUUUGACUUAACGGCAAAACGUCUUGAUACACACUGCAGCUUGUUCAGGCUCCAAACAACUCACAUAGACAAGAAGAGACUGUCUAAAGGACAUGUAAAGCAACCAACCACAGUUUGGUUUGGAUUUAUCUUAAGUAUGUUAUACCACAAGUUAAUUCCAAUGGUAAAUAUUGUUACACCAUAUAUUUUGCUCGUGGAUAUCGAGUUAACGUGCUACUUAGUGCCUUAAACAAAACAGAGUAUUUUUUCAGAUUUGAUUCCACAAACCUGGCAAACUUUGCUAGUUCCAGUGAUUAUUUCCUCCUCCAAAGCUCUCCUUGUGUCAAUUCGGUAUCAUGUUAGCAUGAAUUUGUUUUUUUCAGACAAACUGAUUAAACAACACUUUGCGCCCUUAAAGGUAAAGUUCACCCAAAAAUGAAAAUUCUCUCAUUUACUCACCCUCAUGCUAUCCCAGAUGUGUAUGACUUUCUUUCUUCUGCUGAACACAAACUAAGAUUUUUAGAAAAUUAUCUCAGCCCUGUAGGUCCAUACAAUGCUAAUGGUGGCCAGAACUUUGACGGUCCAAAAAACAUAAAGUCAGUAUAAAAGUAAUCCAUACGACUCCAGCGGAUAAAUCUGUCUUAAGUGAUAUAAGUGUGGGUGAGAAUCAAUAUUUAAGUCUUUUAAUUAGAAAUCUCCACUUUCACUUUCUUCGUCAUUUUAUCCUGUGUACUGCACAAACAAAACCCCCAAUGUAGAUCUAAUAUUUUCAAAACAAUGCAAGCAUAGUAAUAAAACCCCUUUCAGAACCAAUGAACAUGGGCAGGGAGGAGAAUUUAUAGUAUACCAUAUUUACACCAUUCACUUGCAUUGUAAGGACCUACAGUGCUGAGAUAUUCUUUUAAAAAUCUGUUUGUGUUCACAGAAAAAAAGUAAGUCAUAGACAUCUGGGAUGGCAUGUUAGUGAGUAAAUGAUGAGAGAAUUUCCAUUUUUGGGUGAACUAUCCCUUUUAUCCCAGAAACUGCACAAAGACAGCCAAUCAGAUUAGAGCUUGCCAGAUUGAGAAAGUAAUUUCCAGUUUUGUGUGCAAUAUGCACAAGACUGUCAGUGAACGGACUGUGGUCUAGCCAUUUCACAACUCUUCUGAACUCUAGGUGUUUUAGCUAGGAUGUAGACCAGCCUGAUUUUUUUUGUAACAAGGAAAUGUUGUUUGCAUGCAAAUCUUGUAAAGAUAAUGUGGAUCUGGAUAUGUAUCAUGUUCUAUACAUGAUUCUAAUUGGUAGCAGUUUGAAUGGCUGUGAGAAUGGGCCAUCAAGAUUUUAGGUAAUUACAAUAUGUCCUUAAAAAGUUACAUCAGUUACAGACCUCAUAUCUUUCCACUAAACAACACUAAUACUUUACCACUGUAACUUUAACUCUUUCACAAUAUGGUAAUCAAUGAAAAUUGCACAAGGAUCAAUAUACCAGCAGGCCCAUUUCUUAUCUACUCAAGAUGUUUGACCCAUUACACAAAUACUGUCUUCACAAUAGUUCAUACAGUAAAUUCACCCCCUUAAAUUGCUUUAGUGUCCAAAUGUUAAGUUUUAUAAUUCAAACAUUCAAAGCAUUGAGAAGAAACUGCUCCUUUAAGAAUAAAUAUUUGAUUUGUUCUGGAACCUUACUUGGUUUACAGUCACCUAAACUUCAAAAUAAAACACAUGAAAAUGA